AUGGCGGAAAUUCAUGGCUCUUGUGAUCCCGCCUUUGAAUCUGUGCGUGGUCUUUUGCAAGAGCAAUUUGCUCAGGGCGAUGAAGUUGGCGCUUCCCUUUGUGUCAAUAUAGACGGCAAGAAUGUUGUCGAUCUCUGGGGUGGCCAUGCGAAUGCAGACAAAUCCAAGCCAUGGGAGAAAGACACCAUCACUGGAGUCUUCUCCUCUACGAAGGUCGUCUCCGGUCUCGCUGCCCACAUCCUCGUUGAUCGCAGCCUACUGGAUGUGAAUGAGAAAGUCGCAACCUAUUGGCCUGAAUUUGGCAGCAACGGCAAAGAGAAUGUCAAAGUUUCGCAUAUCCUUAGCCAUUCCUCUGGAGUGCCGGCAUGGGAAGGAGUGAUAACGCCCGAGGAGAUGCAGGAUGUGGAAACGUCAACAAAGAGACUCGCGGCGCAAGCGCCUUGGUACACUCCUGGCUCGCAGAAUGUAUAUCAAACAUCAACUCAUGGGCAUCUGAUCGGCGAGCUUGUACGACGCAUCACAGGAAAGUCGCUCACCCAAUUCAUCACCGACGAAAUUGCCAAUCCUCUUGGCGCUGACUUCCACCUUGGAAUUCCGGAGGAGAACUGGUCACGAACCGCCGAUAUAAUACCGUUCCCGCCAGAGGCUGCUGCUGCCUUUCAGUUUGAUCCUGAUAGCUUCAUUGGUAGAGCUGCGGCAGGGUCCGCUUUGCUGCCUCAUCUUCCCAAUGAUCCCAAUUUCAGGAAAUCGGAGAAUGGGGCCUUUGGUGGAUUCUCCAAUGCGCGAGCGUUAGCGCGAAUUGGGUCCAUUGUAUCAUUAGAUGGCAUCGUCGAUGGAAAGCAGUACCUCAGCCCUCAUACUCUGGAUGAAAUGAUGAAAGAGCAAAUCCAAGGAGAUGAUCCAGUGCUCUUCGUUUAUAUGCGCUUUGCACUUGGACUCGGGCUACCACCUGGUAAAGUCUUCCCUUCUGUUCCGGAAGGUGAUGGUAUUUGUUUCUGGGGCGGUUGGGGAGGAUCUAUGUUAGUCAUGGAUCGCCGCCGUCGGAUGACCAUAGCCUACAUCAUGAACCAGAUGGAAUUUCGAACUAUUGGGGGCGCGAGAGCUCAGGAAUACAUUCAGGACAUUUACAAGAGCUUUGAUGCUGGGAAGCUACAUAUAUAA